CUUCAAAGUUCAAACCACCUGGCUUUGACUUUGGUACUUUCAGAGAGGGCCAGUGCUUCACGCCGGGAGCCUGCACCCAAGCUGCGAAAUUCACAUGGCCGACGUGAUUCAUCGCAAGCUGAGAAAACCACAUGGCCGACGUGAUUCAUCGCAACCAGCACCCCAAGAGCCCACAUCGCCUCCUCCACCUCCGGGCUCCGGCCACAAAGCUAGCACCAGUAGUAGGAAAGCCAUGCCGGAUGCCUCGCCUUUGCCGCUGACCCGGCUCCUCCUCCACAUCGGCCGCCGUCGCCUCUCCUCCUCCACCACCUCGCCGCCCUCAGGCUUCCGGUCUCCCAUCGCCGCCUUCGGAGCCGCCACGGAGCGGGCCCGUGCCGGGACGCUCAGCACGGAAGACGCACACCACCUGUUCGACGAAUUGCUCCGCCAGACCAUCCCGGUACCUGAGCGCUCUCUAAACGGUUUCUUCACCGCCCUCGCCCGUGCUCCUUCUUCUGCAGCCUGCAGAGACGGGCCCUCCCUUGCCGUCGCCCUCUUCAACCGCAUUUGCCGAGAAGAAGCUCGCCCUCGGGUGGCGCUGCCCACAGUCUGCACAUACAACAUCCUCAUGGACUGCUGUUGCCGCACACGCCGCCCAACCGUAGGGUUUGCAUUAUUCGGACGCUUCCUCAAAACGGGGCUGAAGAUGGACGUGAUCGUCGCCAGCAUCCUCCUCAAGUGCCUCUACCACGCAAAAAGGUCAGAUGAUGUGGUCAACCUGCUGCUUCAUAGGAUGCCGGAACUAGGCGUUGAGCCUGAUACUAUCUCAUAUAACACGGUUGUUAAGACCUUAUGUGAAGAUAGCAGGAGCCAGAGGGCGCUUGACCUGCUCCACACGAUGGUAAAAAAAUCCGGUGGCUGCUCCCCUAACGUGGUGACAUAUAACACGGUGAUCCACGGCCUCUUUAGGGAAGGCGAAGUAAGCAAGGCAUGCAAUCUGUUCCAUGAAAUGAUGCAGCAAGGUGUUGUGCCUGAUGUAGUGACAUACACUUCAAUUAUUGAUGCGUUGUGCAAAGCCAGAGCAAUGGACAAGGCAGAAUUAGUCCUCCGCCAGAUGAUUAGUAAUGGUUUUCAGCCAAAUAAAGUGACAUAUAAUUGCAUGAUCCAUGGAUAUUCCAUUUCGGGCCAGUGGAAAGAGACGGCUGGAAUGUUCAGAGAAAUGACAAGCCAGGGUCUUAUGCCAAAUAUUGUUACUUGUAACUCGUAUAUGUCUUCCCUUUGCAAGCAUGGAAAGAGCAAAGAAGCUGCGGAAUUUUUUGAUUCCAUGGCAGCCAAGGGCCACAAACCUAAUCUUGUCACAUAUUCUGUUCUGCUACAUGGGUAUGCAACGGAAGGGUGCUUUGUUGAUAUGCUUAAUCUGUUUAACUCAAUGGAAGGCAAUGGCAUUGUAGCAGACCAACGUGUUUUCAACAUAGUAAUUGAUGCAUAUGGUAAACGCGGGAUGAUGGAUGAAACUAUGCUCAUAUUUACGCAGAUGCAGGAACAAGGAGUGAUUCCUGAUGCAUGCACCUAUGGAAUUGUAAUAGCUGCAUUUUCCAGGAUGGGUCGGCUGGCUGAUGCUAUGGACAAAUUCAACCAGAUGAUUGCUAUGGGACUAAAACCGGAAGGAAUUGUUUAUCACUCCCUAAUUCAGGGGUUUUGUAUGCAUGGUAAUUUGGUGAAAGCGAAGGAGUUGGUUUCUGAAAUGAUGAGCAGAGGUAUUCCUCGUCCUAACAUUGUGUUCUUCAAUUCAAUAAUAAACAGUCUAUGCAAAGAAGGAAGGGUUGUGGAGGCACAUGAUAUCUUCGAUUUUGUUAUACACAUAGGUGAGAGGCCCGAUGUUAUUACAUUUAAUUCACUGAUUGAUGGAUAUGGCUUAGUCGGCAAGAUAGAGAAAGCAUUCGGUGUACUUGAUGCCAUGAUAUCAGCUGGCAUUGAGCCUGAUGUUGUUUCGUAUAAUACACUUAUUGAUGGCUAUUGUAGAAAUGGAAGGAUCGAUGAUGGGUUGAUUCUAUUCGGAGAAAUGCUGUCUAAAGGAGUUAAACCUACAACUAUUACAUAUGGCAUCAUACUGCAUGGCUUGUUUAAUGAUGGGAGAACUGUUGGCGCAAAGAAAAUGUGCCAUGAAAUGAUCGAAAGUGGAACGACAAUGGACAUUUCCACUUGUGGUAUAAUCCUUGGAGGACUUUGUAGAAAUAAUUGUGAUGAUGAGGCAAUUGCCAUGUUCAAGAAAUUAGGUGCGAUGAAUGUGAAGUUCAAUAUUGCGAUCAUCAAUACCAUGAUUGAUGCAAUGUACAAGGUUCGGAAAAGGGAAGAAGCAAAGGAAUUGUUUGAUUCAAUAUCAGCCACUGGGUUAGUACCUAAUGCCUCCACCUACGGAGUAAUGAUAAAAAAUCUUCUAAAAGAAGGAUCAGUGGAAGAAGCUGAUAAUAUGUUUUCAUUAAUGGAGAAGAGUGGCUGUGCUCCCAGCUCUCGUCUGUUAAAUUAUAUCAUCAGGGUGUUACUGGAAAAGGGUGAGAUAGUCAAGGCUGGAAAUUAUAUGUUUAAAGUUGACGGCAAGAGAAUCUCACUUGAAGCUUCAACAGUUUCGUUGUUGAUGGCUCUGUUUUCAAGGGAAGGGAAAUACUGGGAGGACGUAAAAUUGCUCCCUGCAAAGUAUCAAUUUUUCGGUGGUGAUACAUUGGACGUGAACUUAAAUCCAAGAAAGUACAGCUGAGUUGUUGCUUACCGUCAGGUCCAUCCACGGUUAUAAGAAAUGUAAAUUGCCUCAUUGUAGAAAUCAGUUAUUAACUCUUUCAUGGAGUUUAUUUUGUGGUGUGUUGAAAUCGCAAGAAUGUGAAAUAUAUGUGAAACUCUUAAUCUU